AUGUCUCAAUUCACCGAGCAAGAAUUCUUCGGCGGAGCCAUUCGAGGCGUCGUGCCACAAGGCUGGAUCGAUUCGAGCACCCUCCGCGAAGUCCCCGACCACCAAGAGCUAUGGCUCUCACCAACAACACUCUCCAACCUAAUCAUUGAAAUCAACCAGCGCGUGCCAGCAGCAGAAGCUCUAAGCACCUUCGCCACGCUCAACCACCAACCCACCGCCACGCCAGGCAGCGGCAGCGCCGCGCCCGCAACAGCAGAAACAAUCGACCAAGCCGCUGCCCUGUACCACCUGAACGAUCUCUGCGAUGAAGGCGACACCAUGCAAGUAAUCGUGUCUCCCACGCGCGUCGACAUCCAGCUUGCUUCUUCCGCGCCUUCCGCUGUCAAGGCGUAUCGCGGCGUUGUCUCCUUCACGACGCCGGUGCGUGGCGCCGGCGCCGGCCGUGUCCCUGCGUCGGCUGAAGGGUCGGCUGCGGGUAUUAUGGAUUCAAGUGUGCUUGGUGCGCAUAUUAAUGGCGAUUCUGGUGGCUUGCCGCAGGUUUCGAAGUUGACGUGCCAUUUCUUGCUUGUUAGACUGGAGGCUCAGGAGACGGACUUUUUGGUCUUCUUUAAUGUGCCUCAUGAGGAGUUUGAUAAGAAUGGCGAUCCUAGGGGCUUGUCGCUUGAAGAGGUUGUUGCGGAGGAGACUAUUGGGGCUUUGCUGGGCAGAUUGCAGAUUUGUGAUUGGGGUCUCUUUGUUUAA